AUGAAACAAAGAGAUUUUUUGAGAAAAAAAAAAGCAGCUAAAACAGGAUCGAAACAGUUUCAUGAUGCCUAUAAGCGAACACGUAACGAUCUAAACAGAUUAAUUAAAAAUACAAAAGCGACUUAUUUUAGGAACACUUUGAAUGGAUGCGAAAAAAAUCCCAAAGAAAUGUGGAAAACGAUUAAUAAACUUACAGGAAAAAAGUCAAAAACAACUUUAAUAUCCAAAAUCCAACAAGACAACCAAAAUGUGACAAAACCAGAGGAGAUCGCAAAUAGCUUAAACGCGCAUUUCAAUGAGGUAGCAUCAAACCUAGCAAAAGAUAUUUCACAAAGUUCCAAGACGGCAGAGUCUUACCUAACCUCAUCCAACGCAUGGUUUAAUAUUCAAAACGUCUCAUUAACAAAAGUAUUUAAAUUGCUUUCGACGAUAAAAACAUCCAAGUCAGCAGGCCAUGAUAGAAUAUCGAUUAAUGUCCAAUACCCAUGCAAGAUGUCCGAUGGAAAAAUCAAAAGGCCAUUGGACAUUCCAUUUGUCAAAUGGAUCUCUAAUUGUCCAUUGGUCUUUCGCGUGUCCAUUGGAUCCAAUGGACAAGUGGGAUUUCCAUCGGACGUUUGCUUUUUCAGUUGGUCAAUUACCAUGUAUUUGAAUGACGUAAUGAGAAGCACAUGGACGUCAUGUAGAUACAAGGCCAGUGAGAUAGCCAAACGAAAGGGUCCAUUGGAUCCAAUGGAUCCAAUGGACCUGGAAAUGUCCAUUGGGGAAUUUUGUUUGUCCAUUGGAUCCAAUGGACAAGUGGAAUUUCCAUCGAACGUUUGCUUUUUCAGUUGGUCAAUUACCAUGUAUUUGAAUAACGUAAUGAGAAGCACAUGGACGUCAUGUAGAUACAAGGCCAUUGAAAUAGCCAAACGAAAGUGUCCAAUGGAUCCAUUGGAUCCAUUGGACACCGUGUUUUCCGUUGGAAAAAUAUUUGUCAGAUGGAUCAAAUGGGCAAGUGAUUUCGCGUGCGGUCAUAAUAUUGCUACAGCAGUUAGCGAAUAG